AGGAAUGCAUUGUGUGGAAGCGGCUCCUGUCUUUCCACUUCCCUAUCUUAUGUUGUGAUUUCAUUUUUUAUUUCAGCCCACACCCAACCCCCUCCUGUCAUGCAUGAUGGUGACAGGGUGGGAUGGAGGGGUGGCUGGCAGAUUGGGCAGAGGCGGGAGUAAAGCACAUCUGCCCUUCCCUUCUCAGCUACUGGCAGGGCCACACCCCUUUCCUGUUCAGCCAAUUUAGGGCAGUCCAUCCUUAAGGAGGACUCAGUCUGUUGCAAACUCGGAGGAACCUCCUGCCUUUCCUACUGGCACCCCGCGGGACAGGACACUCUGGAUUACCUAAAAAGGAUUUUAUAACCAUCCACGUUCGGCACUACCUUCGUAUCCGCCAUGGCUAGCUCCAAGUCGUCCCAGACCACUCGCAACAUUGUGAUGUCCUUACUGGCCUUGUGGUCUAUCGUAUCCCUCAUUAUCAUCGUGGUUUGGGCCACCUCUCCUGACUUGAAGAGUGCCAGUCAGUGCCGCGCUGAGCUGCAGGCCCAAAAGGAGAAGAGCAAGGGGGAAAGUGAGGUGUGCGCCAAGAACAAGACAGCUCUGGAGGAGAUGGUGAAAGACGUCCGCGCCAACCUGACCCAGCAGAUCAGCGAAAUAGAGAGGCUUCAGCAGCACUUGAACCACACCAACAGGUCCUUGGAUGACUGUCGUCAGGAAAAAGUUAUUUUGUGCGGGAACAUAACAGUCCUGGAAAACGAGAUCGACUCGCAUAAAGCAAUCGAGGCAAACCUAACUUCAGAAAUCACUCUACACCAAGAGCAAAUCGAAGUCCUUCAGGAGAACUUGACACAGGCAUCUCUUAAGUGGGAGUCCUGUACAGCUCGGCACUCGGCAGCGGAGAGCCAGCGGAUAGCAGCUGAGAGCCAGACCAAGGCCUGCGAGUCCAGCAAGCUUUAUUUACAGAAGCAGAUACAGAGGUGCAAAAAGUGUGAGGCCCCUGGCCCAGAGAUGCUGGACGACGGAGUCGCCACACCCCAGAAUAGCAUUCUUGCCUUGGGCAUGGUCCUCUGUGUCAGCCUGCAUUUGAUACUGUAACGUGUGAGUGUAAUUACCCCGGGUGGCAGCAGAGCACCACCAUUCGAUGCCAUAGAGACUUAUGUAAGCUGUGGAUGGGGUAACAGCGUGGGGGGGGGGGAAACAACGACAAACAGUGUAUCAAUCAAACGUCGUUUGAUUCGAUAUUGAUAGAAACCAUCGCUGUCUAUAAUCCGUAUCUCAAUGUUUUGUAUUUCAUCCCGCACGACCUCCGGCAACAUGAUGCUGAACCAGUGGAGUCAUGUUGAUGACUAGUGGAACACUGUUUACCCAAGCCCUGUUUCCCAAAAGGAUCUUGCAGCUAAUUAAAUAGAACGUUUGGAGGAGAACCAAUAAAGGGGCUCAAGGGUGUAGAUUUAGGUGGGGGGGGUUCGUGAUCCCCCAGUAUAUGAGACAUGAACCCCCUGGAAAAAACUGAAAAUCUCGGAAACAAUUUAUCCAGACCUCCCCAAUAUGAAACACAAACAUAUGCACUUGAAAAGGGCUACAGAAUGUUGGCUUGUAAUAUUAGAAAAUGUCCUGAAUAUAUCUGCAUUAAUGGUGGACUGAUGGUGUUUUACAACAUCACCCGAAACAAUGUGGUGUGCUUUGUAAAAUACAACAUUUCUAUUGACCAACAGCAGGCCAUCCGGCUUCUGUCGGCAAGUGGAAAGGUGACACCCUCCUUCUCUUCCAUUGGCUUCACUAAGACAAGAUCAUCUUUCCUCAAUAGUAGCAUUGGUAGACGGCAGCAAGCAAAAUUGCUAUGCCAUUUCCUAGUGGCUACAGUUCUGCACAGUACACUCAAUACAUUCUUUGAAUCAUUGUGAUAUCUGAAUAGCUUUUUUAUAUUUGAAAGAAAUAUUUUUUACUGAUUUUGGAAGCUGCUUGACCUACUGACCAACAGCAGGCCAUCCGGCUUCUGUCGGCAAAUGGAAAGGCGACACCCUCCUUCUCUUCCAUUGGCUUCACUGCGACACAAGAUUUUUUAAAUUCAAUAGCAGCAAUGACACAUGGCAGCACGCAAAAAUUGCUCAACCAUUUCCUAACUGCUGUAGUUCUAGACAGUACACUCAAUUUAUUUUUAGAAUCAUUGUGACAUCUUAAUUAAAGCCAGAUUGCCUUCUAAAUUGCUUUUUUAUAUUAAAAAAAAUAUCCAGACAAUGUUUUUACCGGUUUUGUAAGUGGCUUGAACAAAAGUGUGCGAGAUGCUUUGCUUUUAAGGGAGACUCAAUUCCCUUGCUUAUUUCCCAGUUGCUAAAGUACGACAAACACACACAAAAAAGUCAAUGUUUUACUGUUUUUGUAAGUGGGUCGACCUAAAUUUCAUGAAUGUUUUCAUACAGUUAUUGGUAUAAUUCAACUUACUGCCACAAGAUAAAAGCAAAUUUGGAAUACUGCCUUAAGCCUUUGAGACACGUAACUGUAUCUCAAAGUGGAACUUGAAUAGACUUGUUAUUUAACAACUGCCCCACACAACUUGUUCACAUUGCUUUAUAAUUGUUUCAGUUGCAUUUAUUAAUUCUCACUGCUCUUUUAUCAAUUACAGUAAUGAAUUGAUUGAUCUGUUACAUUGUAUCGUUAAGUAAGAUAUGAUGAUAUUGAUUACUUAAGUUGUUAAGUUGUUUUUGUGAUAUUUCAAGAAGACACCCUUCACUUUUGUUUGUGUUACAGUACUCUGUAUUUAUUUUGGUUUAUGUGUUUUGAAAUUACUGUACUUUAUAAAUAUGGUUGCUCACUGAUUAUCCUUCACGGCAAAGAAAGCUAUGCAAACAGCACCUCAUAAGCAAAAGACUCAAUGCAUAAUUGGAAUUCAUGCAAUAAAGUGUGUCCAAUUCUUCUGGAACUA